UUGGGCCGCGAACUAUUUUACGGUCUUAUUAUUAGAUCUCGUCCUUUCUGUAUAUAAGAUAAGGCAAUUCGGUCAUCUCACGAGAUAGUUGUGAAAGCCUCUCCGUGCUGGUGUUAUUUGGUGGUGAGGUUGUCGGUGGAAUUCGCUCAGCAACAUGAAGGUUUUGAUCAUCCUCGCCCUCGCGGCUGUGUCGGCCGGGGUGCCCGCCAACCGCGACAAGCGCAGCUUCGGCCUGCAGCAGUUCGGCGGCAACAACCCCGGGUACCAGGCCCUGCAGACCAACAGCGAGCACUCCACCUCGUACCAGACCAACAGCCGCCAGUCCUCGUCGCUGCAGGCCUACCAGCCCUACCAGCAGUACCAGCAGUACCAGCAGUACCAGCCCGCAGUGCAGCCCAUCUACGUUCAGCAGCCACACGUACAGACACAACAAGUGUACAGGCCGCAAGUAUACGCGUACCCCGUCAGGCAGCAAGCCGUGUACACCCCGCAGGUGCAAAGCUACUACCCAGCGCAGAACUACGCCACCGCCCGCACCUACACCCCCGUGCGCACCUACGCGCCCGUGCAGACGUACGCGCAGACCUACACCCCCGUGCAGACCUACGCGACUCCCGUCCACUACAACCACGGACAGAGCUACGGCAACGCGUACGGCGGAGGCGUCGACCCCUGGUGCUGA